AUGUAUCGGGCGGUAGGAUUUGGCACCCCAAGAAGAACUCUGCAGCCAUGGAUGAUUGGCCUUCUCGCUAUGCUGUCAUUGAUAUUGGUGGCAGUCAUCAUUGGUCUUCUAGUUCACUUCUUAGUCCCUGGGCAAAACAUGGAGUACUACCAUGGCACCUUUAAAAUGGCACAUCUACAAAACAGCAACAAUUCUGGAAUAAACAAAACGUAUCAACUUAAAGAUUUAAGGGAGAUGAGCGAAAAUAUGGUGGAUGCGAUAUUUAUUGACUCAGCCUUGAACAAGCACUAUAUCAAGAAUCGGGUAGUCAGACUGACUCCAGAGGAAGAUAGUGUCAAAGCAGAUGUUGUUAUGGUAUUCCAGUUCCCCUCCACUGGACAAAGGGCAGUUAGAGAGAAGAAAGUCCAUAACAUCUUAAAACAGAAGAUAAGGAACGUAAGAGCCUUGAGGAUAAAUCCCUCAUCUGUCCAAGUUAAUGCAAUGAGCUCAUCAACAGGAGAGCUAACUGUCCAAGCAUGUUGUGGCAAACGUGUUGUCCCAUUAAUAGUCAACCGAAUCAUGUCUGGAGACAUUGCAGCCAGGGCUGCCUGGCCUUGGCAAGCUUCCCUUCAGCGUGAUAACAUCCACCAGUGUGGUGCUACCUUGGUUAGCAAUACGUGGGUCAUCACCGCAGCACACUGCUUUAAGAAUAAUGCAAAUCCACGACAAUGGACAGUUAGUUUCGGGACGACGAUAAACCCUCCCUUAAUGAAAAGAAAUGUCAAGAGAAUCAUUGUCCAUGAGCGGUACCGCUCCCCAGCGAGAGAGUACGACAUUGCUGUGGUGCAGUUCUCUCCCAGAGUCACUUUUUCGGAUGACAUACGCCGCGUGUGUUUGCCGGAAGCUUCUGCUUCCUUCCGUCCAAACUCCACGGUCUACAUCACGGGAUUUGGAGCACUUUACUAUGGUGGGGAAUCUCAAAACGACCUAAGAGAAGCCAGACUGAAACUCAUAAGCAAUGAUGUGUGCAAACAACCACAGGUUUAUGGCAAUGAUAUAAAAUUUGGAAUGUUUUGCGCUGGAUAUUUGGAAGGAAUUUAUGAUGCCUGCAGGGGAGAUUCCGGGGGCCCACUAGUGGCAAGAGAUCUUAAAGAUACCUGGUACCUUAUCGGAAUUGUGAGCUGGGGCGAUAACUGCGGCCAGAAGAACAAGCCUGGCGUCUACACAGAAGUGACUUAUUAUCGACGCUGGAUUGCUUCAAAAACAGGCCUCUGA